AUAGGGUUUUGAAAUUGAGUAACUUCUCCAUCUGGUUCUUGUCAGAUAAAUCGAAAAUGGUGAGAGGAGAUCAUGAGGAGGGGGAGGAGGAGAUGAUGGUGGCGGCCACGAAACCAGCAUGGCUUGAAGGAUUAAUGUCGGAAACUUUCUUCUCGAGCUGUGGGAUCCACGGGAGUCGCCGUAAAAGCGAGAAGAACGUGUUUUGCUUGCUCUGUUGUCUCAGUGUUUGUCCUCACUGCCUCCCUUCACAUCGCUCUCAUCCUCUUCUUCAGGUGAGACGAUACGUAUACCACGACGUCGUUCGACUGAGUGAUCUUGAGAAGCUCAUAGAUUGUUCAUAUAUUCAGCCAUAUACAAAUAAUGGUGCCAGAGUGAUAUUUAUAAACCAAAGACCACAAUCAAGAGUUAAGGUCUCUUCAAAUGUUUGCUUCACCUGUGAUAGAAUCCUCCAAGAACCAUUCCACUUUUGUUCUCUCUCUUGCAAGGUGGAUUACUUAGUAUAUCAAGGAGAUGAUUUAUCAAGUAUUCUCUAUAGAAUCGAUGAGUCGGAUUUCACGUUUUUAAGUUUGCGAAUGGACGGACACGAUCAGCUCGGAGAGAUAUCAACAAUGGAGGACGAGACAGACGAUAUUGUGGUAAUCUCUGAUCAAUCGGAGCAAGGUAACAAUAGUAAUAAGGAGAAAAGGAAGAAGAAGAAAGAGAGCAAUUACUUGCCUGGGAUGGUUCUUUCAGUUGGUAGCAGAAGAAAAGGCGCUCCUCAUAGGGCUCCUUUUUCAUAAUUUGUUUAAAACAAAAAAAAUCAUAGCCAAACAAAAUAACAUAUUUAUAAAAUAAGCAUUAAUUUAUAUUUAUAAAUAAUUAUAUAUAUAUAUAUAUCGUGUUUUAGGUAUUUCUUGCAAUGGGCACGAUAAGAUCAUCAUUACUCUUUUAUGAGUUUAUCCCCACCUAAAUGUGUUUUUUUUCCUUAUCAUUGGUUAUGUUUCUCUUGCGCUAAUGUGAAAUCAGCUACCAACUCAUGUUCUCACGUUUAUGUGUUUAUAUAUUACUGGUCCCUUCAUUAAUAAAUACUGUGUCUAUCAGCAUUCGGUACUUUUAUAUAGUGAUUUUAAGUUGGAGUAUCAAAAAGUGGACUCGUCGUUAGUGUAAUUUUCAUUGGGAGAUGGAACAAACGACGACAGGUUUUCACGGGGACAGCUGAAAUGUCUCAGCUGCGUCAUGAAUUACACCAGCAUCGUCUAUUCUACUUUACCAUUUAUUCUUUUUUUAUGCGGUCAAUCCAGUUUUUGUUUUUCUAUUCGCUAUGUAUUGUAUGUUCACUAUGUAUAUUUUUAACUAGCCAUUAAAUUUAGAAGAUGUUAUUGAUUAUAUAAGUUGAAGUUAAAUUUAGUAAAUUUAUAAUAUAUUAAUUUUCAUAAAAUUGCUCCAUUUCAAAUGAUUUAUUUUAUGAUGUGAGUUAGUCAAACUUUAAAAUAUGAGGCAGUGUAUUUAUGAAAUCAGUUGAUAUCGAAUCCUACAAUACAAAUUCAUCGUUAGUACACAAAGAGCCCAUUGAUUUAGUGCCCCCACCAUUAGGACCGGGCAAGUAUCAGAUCUCCGGUGAUUUGUUUCAUAUGUUACGAUUAUAUAAUUUUUUAUUUGCUUUGCUUCGAAAAAUACAGAUAUCUGGAAAAACGGAAAUCUAGAAAAUAAAUAGAUAUUUACGGUUAUUUACGAAUACUUAUGGAUAUCUCAUCUGUUUUGAUUAAUACAAAUAAUCUUAAAAAUUAGAUACAAUUUUUUUUUAAAAAAAUUAUUAUUUUGUUGCAUGACAUACAAAAUAAAAAUUAAAAAGUAGUGAAAUUACAUAAUUUGUAAAAAAAUUAAACUUAGUUAACAAUUAUAAUAACACAAAAUUAAAAAAAAUUAUAAUUGUUAUAAAUGUUUUUCUUCUUUUUUAUGCGAUACUUUUAUAUAAGUAAUAAUAUGAACAUAAUUUGUCAAAUUAUAUGUUAAAUAAUAAUUAUAUAAACUUAUACAUUUAAAACUUUAAAUAUAAUCAAAGUAUACAUGUAUAUAUAUAUAUAUAUAUAUAUAUAUAUAUAUAUAUAUAUUUAUAUAUAUAUUAUCAGAUCGGAGCGGAUAUCCACUUCCUAAAAUUUUAAUAUUUGGUGAUUUGCUUCGAUUUUAAUGGAUAUUGAUUUGUAGUAUUUGCUUUACUUUGGAAGUUUACGGAUAUCCAUAAUUUUUGGAUCGAAUCGAAACAAAUAACGAAUCAAAUCAAAUCAAAUUUAACGGAUAAAAUGCACAGUCCUAUCCACCAUGCAGUGGGUUGAACUCCCGAAGAAGGGAUCCUAAGAUAAAACUGCAAAUAAAACAAAUAUAUUAGUUUUUUGAACUUUAAACAAACAUAUACUUUAAUUAAAUACAUCAUAUUUUAACCCAUUAACUUGACUGUGAAUACUACCAUUAACUUGCUAAAAAAAACUACCACCAACUAUAUCUUAUCCCAUCUGGUCUCAAACUCUUGGCUUUUGAUAUUCAUGAUUUCAAAGUUUUUAGCAUCUUAAUUUAAAUCAUUAGAUCAUUUUUGUGUACAUUUAGAUAUCUAUAUUACAUAUAUGUGUUACUUUGUAUUUGACAGGGUUCCGAAUGCAAAUUUGAAAGUUAAAAAUUAAUUUUAGAGAAAUACCUACAAAUUAAAGAAUCUAGGUUGAACUGAAAUUGUAAAUAAGGCGCAGUUGGGCUUCCGCCGCAGUCUCACGCAGCAUGUGGAAUACGAUAAGGGAUCCAUGUUUUCUUCUACACUCGCCGCAACUUAAUGCAACAUGUGUUUCAGAGGCAGUUUACCACCACACCUCAAUGUUGUCCGUGGCCACCACCGCAACCUAUCGCCACAACCUGAUACAACCUGCAUUUCAGAGUAAGAUUUUACUAUCCCACAUUCACUACAAAAAACGUGGGCAUAACGACGAUAAUUUGGUCAUCGUAACGUUACGUCAAUGUUACAACACAACCACUUUACGACGAAAGCUAAAAUCAUCAUAAAGUAGUUGUAACUUUACAACGAAACAAUUUCGUUGUAAAAUAGUCGUACGUUUACGACAAAUUUAGGACGACAUGUACAUGGUGUCGUAAUGUAGUUGUUAAUUUACAAGUAAAUUAUAUCAAAAUAUUUUGCAAUUAAGUAACGACUAAAAUACGAGCAAAUAUAGAAAGUUGGUAUUUUUUUUAAAUUGUUUUUAAAGUUAGUUUAUCUUCCUAUCACAUAACUUGCUUAUGUCCUCAUAUAAGCAAGUUAGUUUUCCAGUUGACCAAAUUGGGACAGAAUUUGAUUCUUUCAAAAAGACUUACAUGGGAAUUUUUGGCCAGAAGACUUCCGCGGAAGUCUUCUGAACUAUUGGUGGAAUUCUUGUGACUGCUGGUUUUAAGUCUUUUCAGGUUACAUUUUCAAUUAAAAAAUAAAACUUUGCUUUAUUCCAAGAUUCUAGUCAAACCUUUUGUUAUCACUAAAGACUUUCGCGUAAAUCUUACAUGAGAAGACUUACAUGGAAGUUUUCUAGCAAAGUAAAAUAUUGUUUUAUUUUUCCGGUGGAAGACUUUCGUAUAAAUAUUCUAGAAAAAGUAAAAUUUCUUACACAGUUCGGUCAAUUGCAAAAAUAACAUAUUUAUUCGAGAAGACUUACAUAGAAGUCUUCUUUGGUAUUUUGAUUCUUUUUCAAAAACCAAAGUAAGUUAAUAUUUACAAGAAAACUUCCAAAGAAGUCUGAUGUAGAGUAGACUUCCCUGGUAAUCUUCUUUUGCAAAUUUUCAAUUGCAAAAAUGACCUAAAUGGAAAACUUCUAUAGAAGUUUUCUACUCAAAUAUUUAAUAAACUUUCAUUUUUUUAAAAACUAUAUUGACUUUUUAACAUUUUUUGUUAAUUCAUGUAUAUUAGUUGAUAUUGGGGCUACUAAAUGAAAUUCAUAACAUAAUUGAUUUUAAUUAUGAGGUUGCCAACAUUCAUGUUUAUUAAUGUGUCUAGCUAAUUCUAGAAGACUUCUCUGGAAGUCUUCUUGGUUUAAGUUUUUGUAAAACUUGUAUUUUUAACUUCAAUAUAUAUUUUUAACUUUCAAAAGUGUCAAGUAACUUCAAGAAUAUCAAGUCAUAUGGUUUAAUGUGUCUUCUUAGAUCAUAACAUAUACUUUUUAACUGUCAAGAAAGUUUAAGUGAAAUUUUCACUUAAAAUUUGAGUUUUAAUUUCCAGCUUAAAUUUCUCGCUUAUAUUUUAAGUCUUCCGAGAAGUCAUUCGGAAUAUUUCCCAGAAAACUUCUAAUGAAAAUGAUAUAUGUUUGAACUUAUGUAAUUUUUGAUCUUUGUGAAUUUGACUAAAUUUUCUUGAGAAGUUUUCUCCCUUAGUUCUAGUAAAUUUGACUAUUUUUUUUGUGUUUUGCUAUGGAAGUUGUAUCAAUAACUUUUGGCAAGAUAAUAUUGUAGCAUGAACAUAUUUAUUGUUUCAUUAAUAUCUUUUCAAAUUUACAAAAGAUUUCACAAGUAAAAGAGUACACAUAUAAAUCAUAAACAAAACUAUUAUAGAUCAUUCUUCCACAAAUACAAGCUUGGACUCCACUUGAAAUGGAAGAAGACUUCGCCAGAAGACUUCCAGAAGACUUUCUGGAAGUCUUCUAGUGCAUUAAAUGUUAGAAGACUUCCCUAGAAAUCUUCUCAGUCUAUCUCAUAUCUGAAAAACAUGCAUAUCCAAAAGCAUUCAAAUGGCUUCAAAACAUAAAAAAAAUCAAAAAUAAUGUAAGAGCUUAAAACAACCAAAAGAGUUUUCAAAAGGUAAGAUCUUUAAGCAACAAGAGAUUACUAAAUAAAAAACUAAUUUAUAGAUCUACUUUUAAAGAGUGGAAGAUGAGAGUCAUUAAUGAAAAAUCUACAAAAUAAGAUGAAUUAGUGAGAAAGACAUAAGACAAAAAAAUUGAAAAAUUGAUAUAAUAAAGUUUGGUUUUUUCAAAUUCUAAGAGAUUAGAGAGAGGUUUGAGAGUUUUAGGGGAUGAUUGGUUGCGGCUGUAAAUGAUCUAGACAACCAAAAUUUAGUCUACAGCCAUAAAUGUUAACCAAUCAAGCUUUCUUUUUUUAAAAAAAAUUACAGCAAAAAAUAUCUACAAAAUUAAAUAUGGAUGUAUGGAGCUUUAUUUCCAGAGCAAAAAAAUAUUGCUU